AUGGCUUCCGAUACCCCAGCUCUCAAGAACAACCCCAAGUUCAUCUUCUUUACCGACUUUGACGGAACCGUCACCACCGCCGACUCUAAUGACUACAUGACCGACAACCUUGGCUUUGGUGUUGAGCGCCGUCGCCAGCUGAAUAAGGACGUGCUUUUCGGAAAGAUGCAUUUCCGCGACAGCUUCGUGGAGAUGCUUGAUAGCAUCAAGACCCCCUUCGACGAGUGCGUCCAGCUUCUUCUCAAGAACAUCAAGCUCGACCCUGGCUUCAAGGAUUUCUACGACUGGGCUCAGCAGAACAACGUUCCCAUCGUCAUCCUUAGUGGUGGCAUGGAGCCCGUCAUUCGAGCUCUACUAGACACUCUUCUUGGCCCUGGCUGGGAUAUUCAGAUCGUGAGCAAUGAUGUUAAGGCGCGCGAGGGUAAAACUCUCGAAGAUGAGGGUGGAUGGCGAAUUGAGUUCCAUGACGACAGUAUCCACGGUCAUGACAAGUCAAUCGAGAUCCGCAAGUACUCCUCGCUGCCCAACCGACCUACCAUGUUCUACGCCGGUGACGGUGUUUCCGAUCUCUCUGCUGCCAAGGAGACUGACUUGCUGUUUGCCAAGGCCGAUAUGGACCUUGUCACCUGGUGCGAGAACGAGAAGGUCCCCUUCGUUACCUUCCGUGACUGGUCCAGCAUCUCCCAGACUGUCAAGGAUAUUGUGGCUGGUACCAUAACUGUCCAGGAUGCCGCUCGCGGCCGCAUCUAA